CAGAUGGAUUAUACUCCGAGCAGCCCUCUGGGUUGAGAUCAGUAAACAGGCGAGAGUUGAGGGGGGAAAGUUCCAGGGGUGGAUCCUGCGCACACGCACACACACCGCACACGCGCGCACAGACACACACGCACACUCUGCCCGCAAGCUGCCCUCGGAAAAGGCUCUUUUCUUUUCGCUCCGAUCCCUUUUUCAAAUUUAUCCGAAAAGUUUCGAUUUCGUGUCCUUCCAGCCUCUUUUCCCCCCCCCUCCCCAGCCACCACCUACCCUCCCUCCCGCCCUCCUCCCUCCCUCCCCCGGCCGGUCCCCGCCGCCCUGCCCCGCACGGUUUGGGGCAUGCCUGUGAGCAUGUUCAGCAUCGACAAUAUCCUGGCGGCCAGACCUCGCUGCAAGGACUCGGUGCUGCUGCCCCCGAGCGCCGCGCCCGUCGUCUUCCCCAACCUCCACGGGGACUCGCUCUACGGCAGCGCCUCCGACUACGGCGGAUUUUACUCGCGGGCGGUGGCUCCCGCCUCCGCGCUGCCGCCGGCCGUCACUGGAUCUCGGCUCGGCUACAACAACUACUACUACGGGCAGCUGCAUGUGCCGGCGUCCCCCGUGGGCCCUUCGUGCUGCGGGGCCGUGCCGCCCCUGGGCGCUCAGCAGUGCUCCUGCGUCCCCCCCGCAGGUUACGAGGGCACUGGGUCAGUCCUGAUGUCCCCUGUUCCCCAUCAGAUGUUGCCCUACAUGAACGUGGGCACUUUGUCCCGGACGGAGCUGCAGUUACUGAACCAGCUGCACUGCAGGCGAAAAAGACGGCACCGGACUAUCUUCACUGACGAGCAGCUGGAAGCGCUGGAAAACCUCUUCCAGGAAACGAAAUACCCAGACGUGGGCACGAGGGAACAGCUGGCCAGAAGGGUGCACUUAAGAGAGGAAAAAGUGGAGGUUUGGUUCAAAAACCGCCGGGCGAAGUGGAGGAGGCAAAAGCGAUCAUCUUCGGAGGAAUCAGAAAACGCUCAAAAGUGGAAUAAAGCGUCUAAAACGUCACCGGAGAAGAGACAAGAGGACGGGAAAAGUGACUUGGACUCUGACAGCUGAUACUUCUUAGUGGGGGGGACAUUUCCCGUGGACUGUCGGAUACGCUCCAGAGGAUGCUACUAAUCUUGCACAAGAUCUGCCUUGUUGGAGGGGGAAAAUAUCUGUAUAUAAUGUACAAUGCCCCGAGCUAAUUCCGUGUAAAUAAAAUGUGUUGCGGAGGUGUUGCACAGG